UCUGCUCUGUUACAGGUCUUGAUUUCAACCUGUCGUUUUGCGUGUAAAUCACUGGGCUGGGACUCGAGUUCAGAUCAAGAUCAGAUGUGCAUUUCAAAGCCAGUAGCUCUUCUGGAGUGAUCUCAUGUGGUGUUUGGCUUCUGUGGCAGAGGCAGAGCAGCGUGUGGCAGGAUGUGUGAAGGGCCAUCCAGGAUUUCUGGACCCAUUCCUCCAGACCCAACGCUCUUUCCAGAGUAUUACAAACGCCCCUCCUCAGCUCGAGGGAGGCUGGAAGGAAAUGCUCAGAAGCUGUGUUUAACCUCUGGCCCCCAGGUCCCAGUUCUGAACCCCUACCCUGCUUUGGGCAGUGCCCGCCAGGCUCAGCCAGCCCCUCACAUUCGCCCCAGUGGAAAGGAAUUCCUGGAGAGGGGACAGAAAGGGACACUCAGCCUCCUACUGCAGCUCGAAGGGAUCUCCCUUGAUGAGGGGAUGCCAGUUAAGAGGAAAGAGGCCAAGGACUACGAGAAGGAAAACGUGAGGAGGAUAAAGGAGAUUCAGAAGAAGUGCAAGGAGAAGGAGCGAGCCCAGGAGCGCAGCCAGCCCAAGCCUGUGAAAGCUCUGUGGAAAUCCCAGAAAUACGAAAAUGUGGAGUCAAAGGUGAAGGCCAAACUGCAGGAGACCUCCCCACCUCCAAACCCCGAGGCUGUGAAUUUCCUGAGGGCGUAUUCUCGCUGUGGCUCUGGGAUCAAGCCAUGCAGACCACUGUCCCCAAGGCCUGUCAGAGCGAAAGCAGGAGCAGACACAGAGGCUCCAGAGGCACAGGGUGCUGAAAACAAGGUGCAGGUGGAGGGCAGGAGCGUUGACUUCAUCAGGCACAACGCCUGCGCUGCCCGGCGGGCGCCGCUGCGCCGCUCGCAGUCCCUGGCGGCGCUGGCCGAGCUGCUGCAGCAGAGGCGCCGCGAGCAGGAGGAGUACAACGCCAAGCAGAAGGGCCACGUCCCCCAGUACCUGCUGGAGAGGAAGGAGCUGUGGCACAGGCAGAGGGAGGAGCGGCUGCGGAACCUGCCGGACCCCGAGACGCCGCCCGGCCACACCAUGAUGGAAGAGAGCCAGCGCCUGGACACCCUCAGCAGCCUGAAACAGAGCCAGGAGCAGCUGAUAAAGGACCUGGUUCUGCUGCCAAUGCGUGGAGACAGCCUCAAGAUGCAGAAGAGGCGGGUAGAGCUCGAGAGGAAGCUCUCCCAGAUAGAUGAGGCAAUCAAAAUUUUCUCAAGGCCAAAAGUCUUCAUCAAGUUGGACUCCUGAGCUGGUGGGACCAGGUGUGCUGUGCUGCUCUGCCUGAGCAUCCUUUGUUGCUGGGCAGGAAUGGACAUCACUUUUUGGGAGGGAAGGAGAGGAAGCCAAGUUCCAGUCCCUGGGCCCAUGCAAGUGUCCAAUACCCAGCUGGCAUCUCUUGCUCUCCUUUCAGUCCUGUAUCUUGUCCACAGGAAAGGGAGGGAGAUGCCCUGAUGAAGGCUCUGCUCAGUGGUCUGGAGAACAGUUGUCUCUGCUGCUUGACUUGUCACAGAUCAGCUCUGUGCUUUGCAUCUGUGGCAUCGCCUCUUAUUUCCCUUUUUUCCUACUUCUAGAAACCGGUAGGUCUCUUGUGGUGCUGCCUGUGGUGUUCCUUGUCACCCUCUUUCACCACUCUGAGCUGGACCAUGGUCAUGGCUCAUCCUGAGCUCCUGAGGGCACAGGGGACAGCUUGAAGACAAGAAAGCGGCACAGAGCUACAGUGUGUUCUGCCCAGGGAAGGGCUGGGCUGUCAGGAGGGUCUGCACAGAUGUCUGGAGAAGCCUUUGUUGUCUGUAUGGCAGGAGAGACUCCAAUAAAUCAUCAUUUCCACCUCA